AUAGACCACGUAGUAUUCGUUCUUCUUAAGCUACAUAUUAUAAUUAGGUGUAUUAUCGACGGUCAACAAGGUAGUAUACUUUUAGUUAAUUCUCCCAAAUUUAUAUAUUAAUAAUUUCGGUCAGAUUUUAUCUCUAUAUAUAUACUACGUGGAAAACGCUUCGACUAUUCAGUAAAUUCUUCUGAUCUUCUCUCUGCAUUUUCAACACAAUCUUCAUAUAUAUCGAAAAUGCUUUCGUCUUCUUCUUCGUUGACGGUGGAGCAACCAUCACGUACCGGAAGUUCGGGGAUCAACGCCGUGUCCUCCGACGUUUUACGGUCUAACAUCCUCACCCGCCUCGACGGUGCUUCACUUGCCGCCCUAAGCUGCACUUGCUCCAACCUAAACUCUUUUUGCUCGGACGAGUCCCUAUGGAUGCAACAAUGUUCCGCCACAUGGCCUUCUACCUUAGAUACACGUGUCCAAAGCAUCAUCUCAACGUUCCCCGCCGGUCACCGGCAGUUUUUCUCUGAUUCCUUUCCGUUUCUUGAACAUGAUGGUGUGAUUAAUCUCCCACCGUCCGUUGAUAUGACGGAGUUAAUCUCAGCCGUUGAUAUGACGGAGUUAAUCUCAGCCGUUGAUAUUUUCUACAAAGAUAAAGUGAUUUUCUCAAGGGUUCAUGUGACAGAGACAGUCUCUGGGUGGUUCCUUUGUUCACCUAUGCGUGUCGAUCUUGUCGAACCGAAAGAACUAAUUUCGACAAAAGUUUCAGUGGUCAACCAAUGGGAAGAUGACACGUGGAAAAGUGACUUGGAAAAGGAUCUCUCCUUGAGCUGGAUACUCAUUGACCAGACCGGUAAACGUGCGGCGGAUGUAUCAACCCGUAAACCCGUCUCGGUGCAACGUCAUUGGUUAACCGGAGAAGUUCACGUAAAAUUCUCAACUAUUUUUGUCGUGGGCAACAAGAAAAGGUCGGAGCAAGUAGAGUUCACGGUGACGGUGGUGCUGGCGGCGUUUAACCGGAGGGAAGAGGAAACAGCGGUAAUGCAGAUAAGAGAGGUGAGCCUAGUAGCAGAGGACAAAGAUGGGAAAAAUUUAGGAGGGAAUGGUAGUUUGGUAAUUUUGGCGGCGGCCAUGGGGAGGAAGCGUCGGUUUAGGGCGGGAGGGGAAGGAGGAGGGAAAGAGAAGUACUUAGAAUUCAUGGAGAGGAAGUCGGAGAAGGCGGAGAUGAAGUGGCGUCGAGGGAAAGAAACGGCAAUGGAGACGGCGGCGUGUUGGAUCGCCGUCCUUUUACUUGGUUUUCUUUUGUGUUUUUAUCUGUUUAUACAUAAAAAUAUGGUAGCUAUUAUGAAAAAACUAAUAAAAUAGUU